AUGUCCCAGUUGCGCUUUUGGGCCCUCUGGCUUCUGACGUUUGCACCCUUAUGGAUGCUAGUUCAGGUGGCUCCCCUUUCGGAGUGGGCCGGGUGCCCUGUCCCACUGACCUCCAUCCCCCCAGAGCCGACUGAGACUUGGUCUUUGCGCUCCUCUGAACUGCCACCUGGAUCACCCCAUGCGUUUAAAUGCCCAGCAGCCCCAGGGAGCUUUGAUUACCUGGGAUCCUCUUCUGCCUUCCAGAUGUUGGUCCGGUCUCAGGAAGUGGCCAAGAAGCUGAUUCCAUCGCUGGGCCCAGAUUCAGUUCAAGAACUGCCCCCGGAGCCAGAUCGGUUUGCGGUUCUGCAUCGGGAUCUGCGUGACAAGCUGGCUCGGCCACAAAGGCUCCCAGACAUGGUUCCAGGGCAAGACUGGGAACAGAAUCAGGCCCUGGUUCUGCCUCUUGGACUGAAAAGUAAGAUUCGAACCGUAGAUAGUGAGAAUUCAAAAGCAACCAAGUUUGUUGUUUCACCCCUGAAGAGAGAUCUCACUCAGCAUCCGCGGCUUGCUGAGAUUCUUGGAAUUCCAGACACAUUUGCAUCAAAACCUAAGCAUCCGAAACAAAUCUUGCAGGAUGAUAAUGGAUUUUCAAGUAUGGAUAUAGAUUAUCCUGAAUUUCCUCGAGAAUCCCAGAAGGACCCAGAUGAGCAUCUAGAGGCCCCCGAGCCAGUUGAAACUAAUCAAUUACAGCAAGAGGCUCUAUCUCAAAACCUAGAGCUCCCUGAAGAGAUCCAAUCCUCUCCACCCCAGCAAGACCCAGCUCAGCCUCCACAGCCUCCUGAGCAGGAAGAAGCUUCAACCCAACAGGAGGCCCUAGCUCAGCCUCCAGGCCCUGCUGUGGAGGCCAAACCUUUUCCCAGUGAGCAGGAGCAGGCAGCUCAGACUUCUGAGUCUCCUGAGGAGAGUGAACUUUCUCAAACCCAGCAGGAGCAACCAGCUCAGUCUCCAGAGCAUCAUGAAAUGACGGUUUUACCUCUAGGUCACCAACAAAGUCAGCAUUUAAGCUUGCUUGGUACCACUACUAAACCUCCAGAUCUGCAGAUUACCAUAACAGCAGAACCUGCUGCAGAGGUGGGAACUUUUCCAACUUACCACGAGUCUACUGCUCAGCCCUCAGUGCCAACUAAUGAUGUGGAACCUUCUACAACCCAGCAGGAGGCCCCAACUCUGCCUCCAGGGCCUCCCGAAGAGGUUGAACCUUUGCCAUCUCAACAAGAGGCUUCAGGUCAAUCUCAAGAAUCUAUGAAGGAUGAGGAGCCCUCUCCAGCCCAGCAGGAGGCUGCGGCUGAGCAUGCACAGACCACCGAGGAGGCAGAACCUUCUGCGGCCCAGCAGGAGGCUGCGGCUGAGCAUGAACAGACCACCGAGCAGGCAGAACCUUCUGCAGUGCAGCAGGAGGCUGCGGCUGAGCAUGCACAGACCAACGAGGAGGCAGAACCUUCUGCGGCCCAGCAGGAGGCUGCGUCUGAGCAUGAACAGACCACCGAGCAGGCAGAACCUUCUGCAGUGCAGCAGGAGGCUGCGACUGAGCAUGCACAGACCACCAAGGAGGCAGAACCUUCUGCGGCCCAGCAGGAGCCUGCGGCUGAGCAUGAACAGACCACCGAGGAGGCAGAACCUUCUGCGGCCCAGCAGGAGGCUGCGGCUGAGCAUGCACAGACCAAUGAGGAGGCAGAACCUUCUGUGGCCCAGCAGGAGCCUGCGGCUGAGCAUGAACAGACCACCGAGGAGGCAGAACCUUCUGCAGUGCAGCAGGAGGCCCCAGCUCUGCCUCCAGAGCCCCCUGUGGGUGCCGAACCUCCAGCAGUCCAGCAGGAGCACCCAACCCAGCCUCUAGCACCCUCUGUCGAAGACUCAGUUCAUCUUCCAUUGGAUGAUGAGAAGACAUUUUCACCUCUAGAACUCUCUUAUAUAUUCAGAAGUCAUGAUUCAACACUGCCUAGUACAACAGUUACACAUGUGGAUGUGGAGCUCACCAUGACUACUCCAGAGCCUAGUGCAGAGGUUGAACCUUCUCCACUCCAGCAGGAGGGCCCUGCUAAGCCUUCAGUUCCCACUGAGCAGGUUGAAUUUUAUCCAGUCCAAUCCCAUCCUUACUCCCAAACUCCAGAUUCCCUUGAAAACAUUGAAUUUGAUGUAGCCCAGCAAGAGGCCACAGCUCAGAGUCCAGAUCCUCUUAAGGAGGUAGGCCUUUCUCCAGUGCAACAGGAGGCCCCUGCUGGGCCACCAGAGCCCUCUAAGGAGGUUGAACCAUCCCACCAGGAGACUCCAGGUCUGCAACUAGAACCCCCUAAAGAGGCCGAACCUUCUCCAGUCCCCCAGGAGGCUGCAGCUCCACCCUCAGAGCCACCUAAAGAGGUAGAACCUUCUCCAGCUCAGCAGGUGGCCCCAUCUCAACCUGCAGAACUCCCUGAGAAGGUAGAACCAUCUCCAGUCUAUCACGAGGCCCUUCCUCAGCCUCCAGGUGCCCCAAAGGAGGCAGAACCUUCUCCAGUUCUGCAGGAGAUCCCAGCUCAGGCUGCAGAGCCCUCUGUGGUGGUGGAAUCCUCCCUGACACAGCAGUUGGCCCCAGCUCAGCCUCCAGAGCCAUCUAAGGAAGUUGUAGGUCAACCUCCAAUGAAUUAUGAGAUGACGGUUCCAGCACCAAGUCAGGAUCAAGGUCCGAAUCCAACGACCAGUAUCACAGUUCAACCUUUGGAUGUGGAGGUUACCAUAACUCCAGAACCCAGUGUGGAGGCUGAACAUUCUACAGCCCUAAAGAAGACUACAGCUCCUUCUGCAAAGCCUCCCGAGGUAACAUAUCCACGUCCAGACCAGGUUCAGACUCAGCAUCCGAACCCGACUCCAGUCACAGCUCAACCUUUCGAUCUGGCACUUACCAUAACUCCAGUACCCACUAUGGAGGCUGAACAUUCUACAGCACUGAAGAAGACUACAGCUCCACAUCCACACCAGGACCAGACUCAGCAUCCAAAGUUGACGCAAGUCACAGUUAAACCUUUGGACCUGGAACUUACCACAACUACAGAACAUACCACAGAGCUGAAACCUUCUCCCACCAGGCAGGAGACCGCAACUCAGCCUCCAGAACCACCUAAGGAGGUUGCAGCUCAACCUCCAGUGUACCAGGAGGUGACAGUUUCAAAACCAGGACAGGAUCAAGCUCAGCAACCAACGUCACGCAAUGUUGCAGUUUGGCCUUUAGACCUGGAGCUUACUGUAACUUCAGUAUCUACUACAGAGGCUGAGUACUCUACAGCCCUGGAGAAGAGCACAGCUCCACAUCCACAGCAGGUGCAGACUCAGCAUCCGAACCUGACUCCAGUCACAGCUCAACCUUUGGAUGUGGAACUUACUACAACUCAGCAUCCAUUGGUGUCUUCUGAAAAUUACACCCCAGAAAAGAAUGCCAUGGAGAGCAUCAACCUCUGUGAGCUCUGUGUCUGCAGAGACGAGACACUGUCCUGUACUGGUCUCAGCCCAGAGCAGAGGCUCCGCCGAGUGCCUGUGCUACAGCCGAAGACCUACAACAGCACCUUCGCCGUCGUAGAUAUGGGAGCAACACAAGUGUUACUUACAACAAUUGAGAACACCAUCCUGAUGACUCUUGAAUUGGAAAAACUGAUUUUACCUCGCCAUCUGGCCUGCUGCCUCUGCCAAUUUAAAAAUAAUAUUGAGGUUGUCUGCAAGACAGUCAAGCUGCAUUGUGACAGUACAUGUCUGACAAGCACCACACAUUGUCUUGAAGAGGCAUCUCUAAAGAAUCCAGAAGGAAAAUUCAUGAAGAUAUUAAGAGCUCGGAAGAAGAACACAAGCACUGAGCUGACGAUUGAGUCAGAGAAGGCAUCCUCAGACAAAACUGGCAUGAACUGGGCAAAUGUGAAUAAGGAGCUAGACCUAAAUGAUAAAAGUGAAAUUAUACAUGCACCAAAUUACUUAUUAUCUUAUCUACCAGAGGGAAACCUAGAAGAUAUACAAUCAACAUUAUUACCAUUCAUUAAGCUGCUUUUUUCAAAUGUACAGAAUGAAGAUAUGCCCCUGGAUUAUUUGAAAAAAAACACAAAUAGCCCCUCUCUUACACCUGAACCCAACAAUUCACCCUACACAAAUAAAUUGGGGAAGCUCCAUUUUCUCAAAAAUUUGUUAGAUACAGAAACUGAAGAAGAAAUUGAUGAGAUUAAGAAGAAAGAAAAAACUGCCAUGCUUAUGCAGUCUAGUCUUUUAGGACCCAAAGUUAAACACCAACUAUUUUUAAAGAAAUUAGAAACUGCCCAACCACAGGAGGACAUCCUGGAAAAACUUGAGAGUAUAGGGAAAAGGCUGCAGAGAGUGUACGGAGUCCUCAAGGGGCGAAGAGGCAGAAAGAACAGGCACGUCAAACAAGUGAGGGAUCAGAGCAGCAUUGAGGGGUCAGAGCAUCAAGAGGGAUCAGAGCACCAGAAGAAUUCUGCUGCAGAUUCUCCUGCGACUGCAUUAAAGUCAGUGCCAACUGCUAAACAAUCCAGUGAAACACAAUGGGAAUACGGCAGCCUGGAGACUGACUUACCCCUCAAGCACAAAGUCUUCACUUACCCAUCGCUUUCAUCCCCAGGUGAUCAAUUUGAAUUUCAGCUAAACCAGCACCUACAAUCCCUCAUGUCCAACAGUGACAUGAGAAGGCUCAUUUCUCAUGUUAUCCGGACUUUAAAAAUGGACUGCUCUGAGCCCCACGUACAAAUGGCUUGUGCCAAGCUCAUGUACAGAACAGGCCUCCUGAUGAAGCUUUUCAGUGAGCAGCAGGAAGCAAAGGCAUCCAAGGCAGAAUGGGAUCUGGACCAAUGGAAAACUGAGAACUACAUCAAUGAGAGCCCAGAAGCCCAGGGUGAACAGAAAGACCAGGAGUCACCUGAGCUCACUAAAUAUGUUCCAGGAUAUGGCCAUGACAACAAACUCAUCUUGGCAAUAUCUGUGACUGUCGUAGUGAUCAUUUUGAUCAUAAUUUUCUGUCUCAUUGAGAUUUAUUCUCAUAGAGAAGGACCAGAAGGGUCCCCAGGGGCCUGUUUCAGAUUUCUGCGGCAUAGGAAAUUCUCAAAGAAAAAUCACUGUCAGGUAAAUUUGAGAAGGAUUCACUCCUGUGCCCAGAUAUAG